AUCCCUGUCAGUUGAAUCGGAGACACUCAAUCCUCAGAGGGAAGCUUUGCGGCCAUGUAUCUCGUUUCCACGUCUUGUUCCCGCCUCUCAACAAUAUAAAUAGAAGCUGCUACCUUUCUCCCCUUUUAUCGGUUAUCAGGUUACCCCUCCAUAGACUCCUCUCCGAACGAUAAGUUGGUGUGGUUUCCGUUACGAGAACUUCCCCUCAUUGAUCUCCAAUACCCCUCCACAAGGUCCCUCGCGAAAGAAGUACAAGGAGGAAAACAUGGGUAAAAUUAAGAGCAUUGAAUAUUUCCGCGUACUCCCUCGCUGGCUGUUCGUGAAAGUAGCUGAUGAAGAUGGAAAUCAUGGAUGGGGUGAAAGCACCCUGGAGGGACAUUCGGAAGCUGUCGAAGGCGCAUUGAAUGCGCUGUGUAAACGCUUUCAGGGCUAUGAAGCGGAUGAUAUCGAACAAAUCUGGCAAACGGCCUGGCGCCUCGGCUUCUAUAGGGGUGGUGCUGUUUUCAUGUCAGCUAUAUCCGGUAUCGAUAUUGCUCUUUGGGAUCUCAAGGGCCGCCAGCUAGGUGUACCCAUCUAUCAGCUCUUGGGAGGCAAGCUCCGUAACAAGAUCUCUGUCUAUGCUUGGAUUGGAGGCGAUCGUCCAGCAGAUGUUGAAGCAGCUGGCAAAGCGCGGCUAGCUCAAGGGUUCAGAGCCAUAAAAAUGAAUGCAACAGAAGAUGUGAACUGGCUUGAUUCCCCACGAGUUCUGGAGUCCAGCGUCGAACGCCUCAAAGCCGUGAAGGCUCUAGGGCUCGACGCCGCUCUUGACUUCCACGGCCGUCUCCACAAACCCAUGGCCAAACAACUUGCUAAACUAGCGGAGCCCUACCACCCCUUAUUCAUCGAGGAACCCCUACUUUCGGAGCAUCCGGAGGGCAUAAAACAAUUCUCCGGCCACGUCUCGACACCGAUUGCAUUGGGUGAACGGCUCUACAACCGAUGGGACGUCAAGCGGUUCUUGGAAGAUGCAAGUGUUGAUGUCUUGCAGCCAGAUAUCAGCCAUUGCGGAGGUAUUUCCGAAAUCCGGCGCAUCGCCGCGAUGGCAGAAACGUACGAUGUGGCGAUCGCCCCGCACUGCCCGCUAGGCCCCAUUUCGCUGGCCGCCAGCAUGCAAGUCGACCUCACGAUUCCAAAUUUUGUCAUCCAGGAGAUGAGCCUGGGCAUCCACUAUAACACGGAGGCGGGCUCGUACGACAUUACCAACUAUGUGACGGAUCCUUCAGUUUUUGAUGUCAAGGACGGAUAUGUGGAUGCACUGACAAAACCCGGGUUGGGAAUCGAUAUUGAUGAGGAGGAAGUACGGCGCGUUGCGAUGACUGCGGAGUCAUGGCCUCCGAAGGGGUUUUAUGGAGUUGAUGGAGGUAUUAGGGAGUGGUAAUUGAUGCCGUCUGUAUGCCCAACAUAUAAUAUUCUUUGCCCUUCUUCGGCGUUUGCAGCUCCUUCAACUCUUCCCAUUCCAUUUCGAGAGCUGGGAAGGGAGAUCCUGAUGUAAAUAAUUUGUUUCUGUUUCGGGCUUGGGCAUAGAAUUCUAGAGAAAGCAGCGAUUGCUGUCUAGUUCACUGGUCAUCGUCGGCGGGGGUAAACAACUUGUUUCAUCACCAAAGCCCCUCAAAUGCAGGAUUCUGAGCAAACCGUCAAUGUAUCAAACCACUUGGAUGCUUGUUAGACGCUGGAAGCAUACAACAGUUUUAUACAUGGACGGGUAUGUCCCGUUCUAGUAGGCCUGUCUGCGGCAAGUAGCACAGCAAAACAAAAUACUAAUGUCAAUUCGAAGAGUUUCGUUUGGGAAAAAACAAAUUUCAGACUUGGAUGUGUCCGGGUAAUCCUACUAGAUCGAAUUGAAUUGAUAUCAUCGUUAUUUUCGUAGAUAUUUCGAUUCAGGCGCAAUAGGGAGCUUCAGCAAUUUCCGUCAGCCCUUUGAGUACUUUAGAUGCGUACGGUAACCAGUCAGUCCUCAACGAAACUAAUAAAGGAAACAUCGCAGAAGAGUCCUACCACUUCCAACAGAAGCCCAACCAACAGCUAGCCGAUUUCAUGAUCUCCGAAGUUGAAUAUUAGCCAGCCAAACAAGCCAACAGGACAAGGAAUGGCCACCUUGUCCGUUUGAUAUGCCUACGUACUGUGCAUGGACUUACUAUGCAGCACAUUAAAGGGCACCUCACAGGAGCAGGACAGUGGAGAGAGAAGAGCUUACAAAGAAAAUAAUAGAAUGCAGGAG